CGAUCGGCGCGUCUCUGGCAUCUGCGUGGUGAGCGUCCCCACCCCACGUACACGUCCCAAGAUGGUGACGAAAGCCGCGGCACUACUGGCGUGCCUCCUCGGCGCGGCCGCUGCCGCCGAACCUUACCAGGUCGAGUUUGAGAUUACGCUCAAGAAGGGUGAGAAGGCCAAGUUCACGGUUGAGGUAUAUCCCGACUGGGCGCCGCUCGGCGCGGCGCGCUUCCGCGAGAUCAUUGACGCCGGGAUCUGGAAGGCUGCGCGCUUCUUUCGCGUGGUCUCUGGCUUCAUGGUGCAGUGGGGCAUACCGGGGAAGCCGAGCGCGGCCGCGGAAUGGCGCGAAAAGAAGAUCACUGACGACCCCGUGGCCAAGUCCAAUGAGCGCGGCACCAUCACGUUUGCCACUUCGGGCAAGGACUCUCGAACGACACAGGUCUUCAUCAACUUUGUCGACAACAAAAACCUCGACGGCAUGGGGUUUUCGCCCUUCGGCAAGGUGAUCGCGGGGAUGGAGACGGUGGACGCCAUCUACGCGGGCCACGGAGAAAGCCCAGAUCAGGGCCGGAUUCAGUCGGAGGGCAACUCGUACCUGAAAAAGUCGUUCCCGGCGCUCUCGUACAUCAACUCAGCCACCCUGGUGAUCAGCACGCCGCCCAAGGAUGAGGCAUAGACAGCCCAAGGAUGAGGCAUAGACAGGGUGGCUGGGCAGUGUGAACCGGCCCUCCAGACCUCGUGACGGCUCUCGUGCGCGGGGGCCCUCUGCCCGUUCAGAGCCACAAACGGCGUCAGUGUGAGUUUAGCUGGGACGCCUCUGUGUGUGUGCACAAUCAAGAGAGGCUCAACUAGAAAAAGGAGCGCGGCGGAGGAUCAGGAGGCUCCCCGCUG